AUGCUCCUCUCGGGUAUACGUCUGGGCAACGCUCAGAACGAUGCUUCGAUGAGCAUGUCGGAGCAAAGCGAGUCGUCGACGACCGCUCUAACACCUGAGUGUCCAUUCCUUACCCUCAGCUCGCAGUUGGACGACAGUUCGAGCAUGGAAUCGCAACCGACGGAAACCACCACAACACCACUCGGGCCAUUCUCGACUUGCACUCUUCCCAACACCAUACCCGAGCAGUCCUUAACAAAGGAAUUGUCGUCGGCUAAUGACAUUCCAACUUUGACUGAAGCUCCAACCUCGACCAUUUCAGGUGGUCCUGUGGAUGGAUGGGGGACUCCAGAUCCUACACUCUCUCCCGUAGAUGGCAGCAAUUAUACUUGGACCUAUCCUCCUCCUCCCUCUGCCAAUUUACCAUCGCCACCGAAUUCUACAUCAACCCUUUCUCUCUAUGCGGAUGGUCCAGUGUCAUUCUGCAGUCCUAUCAACGUAUGGUGGGCAGGUGGCGUGUCACCGUAUACCCUUUAUUAUAUGCUCCUGGAUCCAGGCCAAACAUUCAGUGACUAUACAUAUGAGCAUAUAGUUUCAACGCAGAAUUCAUACGGUCCCAUAUCUAUAGUGCAGUUGGGCGACAAAGAAAUGCGAGAUGGCAAACGACCGCGUGGGUUAACAAGAAUUAGAAUUGAAGACGCCACUGGAACUAGCGCAAUGGCCUGGGUUCAAAAUCGUGAACUAGUGCCAGGAACGCGUUGCCCAUUCGAAAUUGGAGGUUACACGCCAAAGCCACCGACCAUUCCAACAACAGUUAAGUUUGAUGAUUAUACUACUGUAGGAAGUGGAGUUCAGAUUACGACGGUAAUGGUGGCCACGAUUGAUGGUCAGCCAACGACAAUUUUCCCAACCGUCAUCCAAGGAUUGAGCGCUCAGCCCGGUCCGAAUCCUUCUCUUGCAGCGCCGCCGCGUCCAACUGGUGGCAUGCAGAGUGGGUCCAUCGUGCACGGUUCAAACGGGGAAGUGAAUGUCAACAACAACCCUGCAUCAAAUGGCAACUCUCAAUCAGGCGGACAAGGCACGCCGGGACCAUAG